AUUAAAUAUUAUAUUGACUAGAAAUGCGAUAAAUUUAAAUAUCACAAAAUUGCAUAUAAUCGAUAAUUUAUAUUUUACGUCGUUGAAGAACUUGCGUAAUACCUGUUGAAUUCUUCUCUGAAUCUUAUAGAGAUUGUGCAGAUAUGGAGCAAAUUGAAGAGAGGUCAUCUGAAAAUCUUGAAGGAUUUAAACCAUUAACUAUUUUAAUGCAAAUCAUUGGAGCAACAUUGAUAAUUCUAGUUAUAAUUUGGUGUGGCAAUUAUAGAGGUGGUUUCGCUUGGAAUUCUAAUCCAGAAUUAGAAUUUAAUUGGCAUCCUCUUUUAAUGGUUGUAGGAUUUGUUUUUCUAUAUGCUAAUGGAAUGUUAAUAUAUAGAACACAAAGAAAUGCACGAAAACAAAAACUGAAAUUAAUUCAUGCUAGUAUAAUGUUAUUAACUAUUGUAUUAGUUGUAAUUUCACUUGUAGCUGUGUUUGAUAGUCAUAAUUUAAAUCUAAAACCUAUUCCAAAUAUGUAUAGUCUUCAUAGUUGGAUUGGACUUACUAGUAUAAUUUUAUUUUGCUGCCAGUGGCUUGCUGGAUUUCUUUGUUUUUUAUAUCCAAAAUUACAAAUUUCAUUACGAACUUCUUACAUGCCUAUUCAUGUAUACUUUGGAAUCGCAGGAUUCAUUGGUGUAAUUACUUCUUGUCUUUUAGGACUUAAUGAAAAAGCAAUUUUUGCUUUAAAAGAAAACUAUUCCAAGCUUGUAGAUGAAGCAAUAUUAAUUAAUGUAAUUGGAUUUUUAUUAAUUCUUUUUGGUGGAUUAUCAGUUUAUUUGGUAACACAAGAACGUUAUAAACGUUUUCCUAAAUUAGAAGAUGAGGCAUUAGUUAGUAAUAGAACUCAAUAAGUAAUUAUAUUAUAUAAAUUAUAUUAUAUAAUAAAUUUUUUUCUAUUAAAUAUAAGUAAAAUUUUAAUUCUAUUCUUAUGUAAGUUAUAUAAAACAUACAAUUUCAUUAAUAUCAAAACAUUCAUUUGUUUAUGUAAUUUUAAUUAGAAACUUUUAUAUAAAAUAUUUUAUUUAAAAUAAUAAUAUUACUUGUUUACUUUUGAAUUAAGAAAUUAGUAUGAGGAAAUUUAUUCUUUCUUAUGUUGAAUUAUUUAUUAUAUAUUUUUAUUUUUAUUUCUUAUGUUGAAUCAUAUUUAACUAUUAUAUUAAAUACUUAAAUUAUUUAAGUACUUAAAUAAUAAAAAAAUUAGUUUUAAAUUUUUUAUACAAUUUUGAUCUGAUUAAUGAUCUGUAUUUAAUUUUUAUUUGCAAAUAUAUACAAUUAACAAAGUUUAAAUUUGAUACUA